UGCAAGGGAGUUGCGAUCGGAAGUCGGCGCGUGACCUCAAUGCACUCUACUAAUGACCACGAGCUACACACGCAGAUCCCUCGACAGCAGCCAAAAUAAUCCUCGAAAUCGCGAUCCUUUAGACAAACGAUUAUCCCUACUCGUUUCCAGCAACUCGGACCCAACACAGAUGCAGGGUUUGAGGAAGCCUGUGGUAGAAAACGUUGCCCCUUCAGUUGCGGAACCUGUUCUCCGGUGGCUGGGCUCGUGGAGCCCCUACUCACGACAGUCGCCAACAUCGUCGGCUCCAUCCACUCCAAUAUCACCCAGUCUCGCGUCACUCAACGAAGCACUGUCCGAACCGCUCAGAUUUCCUCCCACUGCCCAUCUCCCGGACUCCUUUACCCCCGCUCGUGCGCUUUCCCGCCCCCCUGCGCUUUUAGGCCACCUCGCUCGUUCAACGCUGCCCACUUCAUCAGUGACAACACCUUACAGCGUGUCCGCCUCCCCCGAAGACAAUGACGUAUACUCGAUCCACUCUCGUCCCACUGGAUCUUCCGUGGCAACUUUGCGUCUCUUUCAUUGCGCUCACGCUCAUUCCAUACUCGUUCGAAAUCUGAAUCGCCGCCCGGUCGUUCUGAUUCGACGCGUGCUCGGUGGUGGUUCCAAACAGAGAAUAAGGACAAUGUGGAGUCCAUGCUCACCGACGAGGACCGAGCAGAGAGUUUACGCCAGGAACAAGAAUUGAUCCAUAACCGAUAUCGCUCCCCCAAGAAUCCAGUAGUGUUCUGCCACGGUCUACUGGGUUUCGAUUCUGUGACUAUUGGACCGGCUAUCGCGCCUAUGCAGGUCACCCACUGGCGUGGGAUCAGAGAGGUUCUAGAGGCUAACGGUACUGAGGUUCUCAUCACACGCGUUCCCGCUACCAGCAGUCCGAGCGAACGCGCCAAGGUCUUGGAGCAGAAGAUAUCUGAAGCAUAUCCCGAUCGGAGUGUUCAUUUGAUUGGUCAUAGUAUGGGAGGACUCGAUUGCCGGUAUCUCACCACGCAUCUCCGCGAGCGCAAGUUCCGUGUUCUGAGUAUAACGACGAUCGCUUCGCCUCACCGAGGCUCUGCCUUUGCGGAUCACUUCUUGAAAACAGUUGGACCGGAUCGAAUGCCUAUGCGCAAGUUCAACGAAGAGACCCCCGAUGUACCGGGUGUGCGAUACUUCAGCUACGGGGCAACGUAUGAUCCCGGAUUCAUUGAUACCUGGAAAUGGCCACAUUCAGUCAUUUUGGAACAAGAGGGAGAAAACGACGGGCUGGUGUCAGUCAAUUCUGCUAAAUGGGGCACGUAUCUUGGAACUAUCACUGGGGUUUCCCAUCUCAAUCUGGUUGGCUGGAUCAACCAGGCUCAAUACAAGUGGGCUGAAGUCAUGGGCCGCCCGAUCACUUUCAAGCCAGCUACAUUCUACUUGGGCAUAGCGGACCUUUUGGCGGGAGAAGUCGAGGGCCAACCGCCCAUCGAAGGUUCUUCCCAGGCUCCUCAAAACACGGAGGCUGGUCGUGGGGUCGAAAUCGCCGAAGAAUCAAGGACAGUUCAGACAAAAUAGAACUAGAUCUUUCAUAUAAUCUAUGCUAAUCAAGUCUAAUGAUAAUGUCUGUAUUUCUACGUGCA